AAAAAUCGACAAUUUGACUAAAUGACAUCUCGAACAAGUUUUCAUUUUUUGUAAAAAAAAAAAAAUGAAAAUCAGUGUUGAUCAUCAAUUCAGCGAUUAAACAACCAAAAAUUUAUCAAACAAAUUAUGGAUCUCAAAUUUUCAAUCAAAAAUAUAAUGAGUGAUAAGAUUGGCGUGAAUGGCGAAAGUGAACAACAUAAUCAUCAACAACAACAACAACGUGCCAAUAAUAAACUUACACAAUUAGGUGAUGUUCUUAUGCAUCAUCAAACGGCAGCUGAUCAAGUAAUGCAUGAUAAAAAUAUUAUUGAAACACUUAAACCAAAUCUAUUCGGAUUGAUUGAUGGUAAUGAUAAUAAUGUAUCAUAUCAUUCACAAUUACCGAUUGGAUCAUCAGCAAAUAGUCAUCAACAACAACAACAACAACAAUUAGCAGCAUUAGAUAUAUUUGCAUAUUGUCAAUAUAUAUCAUCAAUGAUGUUAUUUAAAGCAAUGUCACAAAAUGAUAGCUCAUUACAUAAUAUUCCUGCUAAUAUGGGUGGUGGUGGUGGUGAUAAAUUUUCAUCAUCAUCAUCGACGACGACAACAACUACGACAACAAUGCCUGUAACAUCGAUCAAAUCUUCGGAUAUCAUUCAUCAACAACAAAAUUAUUCUUCGACCAACAACAAUAAUGGUAAAAAACAUUCAAAAUUAUUGGAUAUGGCGGGCGAAACAUUAAAAUCACUUACAUUCGAUACGAUUACAACGCCAUCUUCGGCUAAUAAAUUGAAUGAUAAAAAAGUUGGGAUGAAUGAUUUGAAAACGAAUAAUAAUAAUUCCAAUAGUAAUAAUAAUAAUAAAAAUGAUAAUAAUAAUAAUGGUCGAAAAUUUGUUAUGAAUGAACGAAGACCACGUCAAGCGUACAAUACUAAACAAUUGGAACGUCUUGAAUCUGAAUUUCAAAAUGAUAAAUAUUUGACUGUAAGUAAACGAAUCGAGCUUUCAUGUGCCCUAAGUUUGUCCGAAGUUCAAAUCAAAACAUGGUUUCAAAAUCGAAGAACUAAAUGGAAAAAACAACUAAUGGAAUGGAGACGUACUUCGAAUGGUUCAAGAAAAAAUUCCAAUAUUAUUCGAAAUGGUACACAACAACAAUCAAUGAUGGAUAGUUGUGGUGCAAUCAGUUUAACCGGUAGUGAUGAAUCAAACAUAACAAUAUCGAUAAACAAUAAUAAUCAUCAUAAUGAUAAUAAUAAUAAUCAUAAUCAUAUUAAUGAUCAAAUUAAAUCAUUCAAUGAUAAUUAUGGUGACAAUUCUCAUUCCGAUCAAGAAGAAGAAGAAGAAGAACAAAGUCAACAUUCCAUAGAUUUUAAUAUCGAAAUGGAUAAUGUUGAUGAUAGUAUCGAUGAUAAUGACGAUGAUGUUGAUGAAGAUUUGGAUGAUGAUGAUGAUGAUAAUGAUAAUCGAUGAUAAUCAAUGUUCGAACCAAAGAAUUUCAUUUUGGUAUUUUCACCCCCUCCUCUGCUCGUCACAUUAUUCUCAGUCAUCAGGGUUUAUAACAUUCGCACACACACACCCCCUCCCAUUUAUUCAUUCGAAUUCGAAUAACACACUGAGCAUUCGCACAUCGAACCAUCAAUUGAAAACAAUUUUUUUGUUUUGUUUUGUUUUUUGUAAAUAAUUUUGUUUUCCAUAUCAAAAAAAAAUUAUUCUUUGAAUUUUGGAAUGUCAUUAUU